AUUUAGUUUUAUGCAUUCCUUCAGAGCAAGAGCUACGUCGCUCGGUCAUGAAAUAAAUCGUGUUUUUUAUCAAAUUUGAAGGUUUCUUAAAUAUAAUUUUGAAGAAAUAAGUUAUUAUAAUGAUUGGAAGUGAUUAUACGUUGGAGUUGUGUAAUGUUUUUCAUUCGGGACAGGUGGAACCGGGCAGCUUUUUCCAGCGCCUAAUAGGUGGCGUGAAGACCGGGAUCAUCCUCAAAGAUGUGUCAUUCACUACGCACAGCGGCGAGGUCACUGCCAUACUCGGGUCAAAAGGUAGUGGUAAACGUGCCCUUCUUGACGUCAUCGCUCGCCGUGUCCCAGCCAAAGGCCACAUCUUGCUAGAAGGUGUUCCCCUCGAGAAUGAGCAGUUUAACAGCACGUGUGCCCUCGUGAGGCACAACACACGCCUCCUGCCUGGACUCAGCGUGCAGCAGACACUUGCAUUAUCACUCACCAAGAUUUCGGGCUACCUCAAGUCAUCGAAAGUGAAGCAAGUUAUGGCCGACUUAGCUUUAUCAAAUGUGGCCCACAAAUGCGUAACAAACUUAACGAAGAGCGAAUACAGAAGACUAGUGAUUGGCGUGCAGUUAAUACGAGAUCCAAUAAUUCUGCUUCUCGACGAGCCUACUUGGGACCUGGAUCCACUAAACACAUAUUUAGUAAUAUCCAUACUAUCAAACGCCGCGAAGAAGUAUGGAACCGCUAUCAUUCUGACCAUGGAGAAACCUAGAUCAGAUGUGUUCCCGUUCUUGGACCGCGUGGUGUACCUGUGUCUCGGUGACGUGGUGUACGCGGGGCCCACGAGGAACCUUCUCGACUAUUUCGGAAGUAUUGGCUUCCCUUGCCCGCAACUUGAAAACCCUUUGAUGUAUUACCUAUGCCUAUCAACGGUGGACCGAAGAUCACGGGAACGGUUCAUAGAGUCCAACCACCAGAUAGCAGCAUUGGUGGAGAAGUUCAAACUGGAAGGCCAGGGCAUCAUGCAGGGGAACCUGCAUGAGAACAACCGCAUCGUCAACCCGAACAAGAUACAACUCAACUACGGGAAGCCGGGCGGCAUGAGGGUGAUCUGGAUGUUGUAUCUACGACUUUUGGCAUCAAUAUUUAAUCUGAAGAAAAACGGAAUGAAGCAAAUGUUCAUGAGAUUAUUCGCGCUGCCGAUGUAUUUCUUCAUUUUAUGGAUAUUCUAUAACGAGGCUAAGGAUUACCAGAGAGCAUUCAUCACUAAGAGUGGACUGAUAUUUAACGCUAUGGUGGGAACCUAUUUCAUCAGCAUCAUGAACACGAUAUGUUUAUACAGUCCGUACCGAACCCGUUACUACCAAGAGUCCCAGGAAGGCCUCUACAGCGGCGCCAGCCUCCUACUAUCCUGGAACCUCGUCUCCUUGCCUUUCUCGUUCCUCAGCACGCUUGCCUCAGCUGCAGUCAUAUACCCGAUCCUAUCGGACAUCUCGGAGAACUUGGACUUCGUAUACUUCGCGCUGGCGCUGUGGUCGUGCUACGUGUACGCGGAGCAGCAAGCUAUGGCCGUCAUGAUGUUCGUCAAGAACGGGCUCAUCGCGGGCAUCGUUAAUAUAUAUAUCACCUGCAUUUAUAUCAUGCUGGCCAGUGGAGUGCUCAGAUCCUACAAAGGCUUCGAAGAAUGGCUGUACUACCUAACCUACAUCACCCACACACGCUACGCAUCCAUAUUCAUGCACCGGAACAUAUUCAAACAGCCAACCUUCAACAUUCUGCCCUACAGCGACCAAGAGAACUGCACAUCUACUAUCACCAACCUGAUCCAGACUUCUUCGAACCUCAAUACUAAUUCGAAUGCUAACUGUAGGUACGCCAGUGGAAGGGCUUUUCUUACGGAACGCUUUUCGUCGAAAAACUUCAACGGUGACAUUUUCCAAUCUGGAGACUUCGAUCCUGAGUUCAAUUUGGGAGUUUCUUUCGCGUUCUCCGUUGGUAUCAUGGUUUUUAAUAAAUUCUUGUAUUUAAUGCCUUUACCUGGAUAUAUUACUGAUAAGUUUAGAGAAUAAUUUUAAUUUUUGUAUGUAAGUUUUGAUCUGUAAAUUAAUUAAUUAAUUGGCUAAUGAUAUGAUGAAUCCGUCCAUUGAAAUAUCAAAUGUGUAUAUUAUACAAAAUUAUAAUAUUAAUUUCAUAUUUUCUUGAA